CAAACAAACGUAACAACACCGGUGAUGCUAAAAAACUAAAACCCAACAUAUUUCUCGUUUAAAUGAAGAGUCAGUUUCCAAACUUCCGUUGAAUGGUUCGUACUCAAGAUGAGUUCAUUUGCGGGUCGGAUGAAGGAGUAUUCCACGGUUUCUCUGGACCGGUUCGACAGAGAGAACCUACAUGCCCGGGCAUAUUUCCUCUCCCACUGCCACAAAGAUCACAUGAAAGGACUGAAAGGACCUCUGCUGAAGAGAAAACUGCAGUUCAGUCGAACAGUCAGGCUGUACUGCUCCUUUGUGACCAAAGAGCUCCUGCUGAGCAACCCAAAGUAUGCUUUCUGGGAGGGAUACAUCGUACCUCUGGAGCUGGAGAGCCCGACUCAGAUUUCCCUCGUAGACGAAGCAUCUGGGGAGAAAGAAGAUGUUGUUGUGACACUGCUUCCAGCAGGUCACUGUCCAGGCUCCGUCAUGUUCCUGUUUGAGGGUAACCAGGGAACCGUGUUAUAUACAGGAGACUUCAGGUUGGCUGUUGGAGAUGUGUCCAGGAUGGAGUGUCUACACUCUGGGAGCAGAGUGAAAGAUCUUCAGAGUGUUUAUCUGGACUCUACCUUCUAUGAUCCACGCUUCUACCAGAUCCCCUCUCGUGAGGUCUGUUUGAAUGGCAUCUCGGAGCUUAUUGGAAACUGGAUCAGCCAGAGCGCGUACCACGUGGUGUGGCUCAACUGUAAAGCUGCAUACGGAUACGAGUACCUGUUUACCAACCUGGGAGAGGAAUUCAACACACAGAUCCAUGUCAAGAGCCUGUCCAUGUUCAAGAAGAUGCCAGAGAUCCUGAGCUACGUAACAACCGACCGCAGGACUCAGAUUCACGCCUGUCGACACCCCAAGGACGAACUGUUUUUCCAAGGCAACAGGCUUCCGUGCGGCUGUGCAGCUCCCGAUGGGACUCCUCUUCGCAUCAUCAGCAUUAAACCCUCCACCAUGUGGUUUGGCGAGAGAACCAGGAAGACCAAAGUCAUAAUAAAAACAGGAGCAAGCUCGUACAGAGCCUGUUUCAGCUUCCACUCCUCCUACUACGAGAUUAAAGACUUCUUGUCGUAUCUCAAGCCGGUCAACAUCUUACCCAGCGUCAUCCCUCUUGGUCGCACGAUAACCGAGGUCACGCAGAUGUUGAGGCUGAUGUGCAGGAACCAGUCCGAUCAGGCAACGUUCAUUUACAAACCUCUGGGAGUCCUAAAACGCAGCAGGGUGCAGCAGCCUACUUCUGACUCAAAGAGUGAUGACGAUGAGCUGUUUGAAGGUUUGGACCUGGCACCAGUGAGGAAGAAGAUGGGGUUGAACCAGGAAACAAAAAAUGAAAACAUUCCAGAGGAGGAGGUUUCCCCGGUGUCUGUGUCUUUACCCCUGACGGCCUCUGACACACAGUCAUUUACACAUAAUUACUUUGACUGCACUGAGUCCAAUGGUGAAGAGGAGGAUGAAGAUGAAGAUGAAGAUGAAGAGGAGGACGAGGAUAAAGCAGGAAAGGGGGAUCCAACAAUGGAAGAGGAAAGCAAAGAGACCAGUUCCUCUCAGGCUCCAAAAUGGCAGGAUUUCUUCACCGUGGAGAUGCUGCCUGACAGCCAGAACAGCCUCAAAAGCCAAUCCUCCUGCUCCCCCUCCAGAGCGACGGGCUCGCAGACCCCCGAACUGUUCAGCGAAGAAGAAACUCCUGACAACAAGGAAAACUUCAGCCUGACCCUGUUGCCCUCUCUGUCCAAUCAUUCCUCGCAGAACAUGGACUCGCUAUUACCUGAUACUUUAAUCCUCCGGCCGGAGCAGGGCCGGUGGGAACACGGUGACACGGGGACCCACAACUGUGGGAGUGACCAAGCAGUCGUCCAAUCAGAGCAGGAGGAAAUGUCAGCGUCUCAGGCCUCAUCAGACUUCGAUAUUCCCUGCACACCGGAGUCACAGGUGCCACGGCCCGACGAGCUGUCACCGUUGUACAGGAAGCUGGCUUCAGGAGAGGAAAUGAUCGUGAGAAAAGGAAGUCAAGGCUCGGUAUGAGCCGUCUUCUUAGUUGACAGGUCCACCUCUGUGGACAAGUUGAAGCAGGCCUGAAAAGAAACCUGCAGCACUCUAGAUUCACUUUGUCAUUGUCAUAAAUUAGCACAAAAGUGAUUAUAAGCUGUAAUUUUAUCAUCUUUGAUAGAAGAUUUACCUGGUUAUGAUGAACUUUCAGCUGCAUCUGAUGUUCUGCUUCAUUUUCUUGCAGAUUUAUAGUGAGUUGGAGUUAAUUAUGAAGCUAUAUGGACACAACUUUACUGUUAAACUCUUCAAAACUAAUUUUAAAGAUCCAUGAAGGAGAUGUUAGAUCCAACUUUGGUUAAGUAAAAUAGUUUUGAGUAAAAUUCCACUUCUGUUGGAAAUGUUUUACGAGCUGCCAGGUUCUUUUAUUUGAGCUGCUCUCCGUCUUCAGUGAAGUCGUCUCUACAUUCAGUCCAACCUCCAAACCACACAGACCUCAGACUCUCUACGUUGCUUCAUGCACCUGUGCAUGUCACACACCUGCAUUCCCUUUGAGUUACACGUUGGUGGGUUUUCUCUGCAUUGUUGUAAAAACUGAUCAACUGAUCUUUUGUAUCAAAGCAAAACAAGUUUAAAUUAAAUGUAUUUAUAUUUG